GAAAGAUUCUUGUCACACUAUCGUAAAUUAUUUUAAUGUAGCGUACGUAGCUAGGCGUUCCUAGGAGGGAGUUAAAGAUAGUAGUUCCAUGGGUUACCUGUUUUCACUGCGUGCAUGAACCCGGAACAUUAUUUUAAAAGAUCGAUUUUAUUAAAUAAAACCAAUGGCAAAAGGUCAAUAUAUCCAUGCGUUGUCUGUUUUCUGUCACGCAAGACGACGGGCGCUCAAAGUCUACCUUCAAGAUUAAGAAGCUGAAGCAAACGGAACAGAAGAAACUCAAGAUGUUUGAGGAAAUUGUAGGUCUUGUACUUUUCUUAAUUGAAAAUUGCACUGGGGUUGCAAUUGUAGAAAAUUUCAGAAACCAACAACAACCUGAUGACGAAGAAACUCAUUUGAUUCAAGCCGUCGAGGAAAAUCUCCAAGACUUCACUAGAUUUGAUGCAAAUGAUACCAUCUUUCGCGAGUAUGACCCACCAGGUAACGAAGAAGAAGAUCCAAAAGCUUGGAGGAAGAGCCGUCCACGACUUACCAUUACUAUCUGGACGUGUUUCAAGUAUGUAUUCAUGAUACAAACUGUUUCUGGCACAGCGCUCGGUGUGCUUGCGRUUUUCCUUGCCUUUCUUGAUUUUAAUUCUAGCGAGCUAUGCUACUACAUGAAUGAUGACUGGAACAAAAUGCCUCACCUUGUCAGGGCUGUGAGAACAACUGGCCAGGCAGUUGAAGGCUUUUUGAUAGAAAUAUGGGAUUACAUGCUUCUCUCGACCGUCUUUCCUUGGCCUUUAAUGAAGGAAUUGAAUUUAUUGACCCUUAACCUCUUAGCUGCUUUUGUCGACAUGUCUUAUCGAUUGUACUUUGACUUGUAUGGUAUUUAUAAAGUAUGGUGGAUGUCCUUCCCUCUCAAUGCUUUGUUUACAUCAAUGACAAUYGUAAACAGCAUCAUUCUAGCUCGUUAUUUUAGACCUGCACCUCUUCCAUGGAGAAAAGUUCUCAAGCUAGCUUUCAGCUUUUCAGCGCAGUUUAUUCUUGGUAUGUCUGCUAAUAUAUUCCUGGUUUACAAGCUUUUGCCCUGGUACAACACACAGGAUGAAAACACUAAGGUUGUAGUGGCAGCAUUUUGCCCUCUUCUAACAGCCUUCCCAAAAGUUGUCUCCCGCCUUGCUGCUCAAAAGAUCACUGACAUUCAUCCAGGGACAGCUCAUGUGUUUGUUGGUGUAUUAUAUGGAUCAACUGCAAUUGUCUUUCGAAUUAUGCAAGCUGAACUAACUAGUUUUGAGUUAUUUGUUGCUCUUGGAAUAGGUCAUGCAUUUGUGGACUUGCUUGAAAGACUUACAAUUACUAUGAGGGACCAUAUCUGGGAAUACCURUACAAGAUMAUUCUCUGUCGCAGAAGGACACCUUCACCCAAGUACCGCAAUCCUAGAAGUAGGCGAUUUAUGGCUGAUGUUAGCAUUCAGAUCAUGCUCCAAGAAUCCACAGGAUUAGUUGCAGCACUGGGAUUCAUACAACUUUAUCAUUUCACAUACAGUGACAUUAAACGCCCUUACACUGACUAUCCUGUUAUUGUGGAYUUUCUCAUCCGUGCAGUAACUGGUUUGCUCAUUGAUCUUGUGUUCAACACCAUCUCAGUGGUCAUUCAAACAUACUACAUGAACUUUGCUGUGAUGAGGGUAUGGAAGAAGAAAYGGCGUUAUCAUUUGGUUGUCAAUAUCAUAAUUUCAUCAUUGACAGUGAUAUAUUUUACCGAGUACUUAUUUGGUGUUAUCAGGAGCAGGUACAACYAUCAUACUCACACAGUUGUUCGAUAUGCUUGGAAUUGUACAUUACCUUUUACAUGAACAACGGCUUCUCACCAUGGACACUGCCUUCUAMACCUGUCAUCAUCAUGAACAUCAUCCUAUUCCAGAAUAUUUAUAYCAGUGAUACAUAUUCCACUUCUUCGGUGCCUUGGUGGUGCCUACGCUUUCCUACAUGUAUAUGAGAGGUUUCAGCUGAAAAGGGGUCUUAUUCAUAAAUAUUUUGCUUUGGACUACAUAUAAAACUGUUGUGUCAUCAAAGGGGUCUUAAUCUUUAAGACCCUUUUUAAGUUGCAACCCCUCAUAUAUAUAUAGAUGACAGGUUCAUUCUCAGCAUUUUUCUCUUGUCCYUAAAUAUGCCACAAUAGUUAUAGAUUAUAGUUUAUAAAUUAUAUUUAUGCUAUGGAUUUUAAAUGCUGUCAAAUUGGAGAGACAAAUGAAUUAUCUUCAUUAUUAAUAUGGACAAAGCAUUCAUGGAAAUUGUUAUUCUAUUUCAGAGCUAUAAACAAU